AGCCAUUGCACAAUUGCCUGUUUUUAGGAGAGAAAGGACUUUCUUUUCAACAACAUUCUUCGCUCUGUCCGCGUGCCAUUAAGGCGUAAAGCGCCAAUUGUGUAGUCUAUAAUAGUUAGAAAUACCUCGCUUUGUUUUCUUUUUAAACCUGCCGCUCUUUUCCGAUAACCAGCGCGUUGUAAUCUAUUCGCGACAAGGUACAAAAAUAUCGACUCCAUCUGGUUGUGAGGUAGUCUUCGUUAGCUAGCUUAUUUAGCAAGCAGCUACCAGUAGAUUUACGGCUUAUAUCCGGGGCUGCUUUUCCAGGUGAAACAGCUAAAGCUUUUGGUUACUCGACGGCCACGAUGGUGUGGUUAGUUUACAACAGUGAGCGAGUGGACGCUAAAUAAUUGAUCUGAAUUUGGUAACAAAUCAACACAAGCCGCGUCGGAGAACGGUCGCUUCGGCCUGUUUUCAUUGUAGUCGUACGACGUAGGCAGUGUCGGGUUGUUCGACCAGUGAGUGCGGCGUCAAAUUUAGCUGCGUUGCCCUCAAAUAACGAGUCAGCAGCUGUCGAUUGAAGAGAUAAGUUCGGGGCAGCCAAGUGUCAAGUAUGGCGCAGCACGAUUGCUCUCAUGUCGCUAGUUCGCAGAAAGCUCUCAUGCUGGAAAUGAAGAGCCUUCAAGAGGAGCCCGUCGAGGGUUUUAAAAUAACGCUGGUAGACGAGGCGGAUAUGUAUAACUGGGAAGUGGCCAUUUUCGGACCCCCCAAUACACACUAUGAGGGGGGCUAUUUCAAGGCUCGGAUCAAGUUCCCCAUGGACUACCCAUAUUCCCCACCGUCCUUCAGAUUUCUCACUAAGAUGUGGCAUCCCAACAUCUAUGAGAAUGGAGACGUAUGUAUUUCUAUUUUGCACCCACCAGUGGAUGACCCCCAAAGUGGAGAAUUGCCUUCGGAGAGAUGGAAUCCCACCCAGAAUGUCCGAACCAUUUUGCUGAGUGUAAUCUCACUCCUAAAUGAGCCAAACACCUUCUCUCCUGCCAAUGUGGAUGCCUCGGUCAUGUACCGCAAAUGGAGGGACAGCAAGGGCAAGGACCGUGAAUAUGUAGAGAUCAUCAGAAAACAAGUAUUGGCUACCAAGGUCGAGGCGGAACGCGAUGGUGUUCAGGUACCCACCACGCUCGCCGAGUACUGCGUCCGCACACGAGCCCCGCCUCCCGACGAGGGCUCCGACCUCUUCUAUGACUAUUAUUACGACGACGACGACGUAGAGGACGGAGACGGUGACUGCUGCUACGACGAAGACGACUCUGGCAACGAAGAAUCGUGACAUGCCUUUUUACACAGCGUGACCAAUCUUUGCUGACACGCGACGACCCCUUUUUACUGCCCGGGUCGUCCGAGAGGUUUGAGGUCUGCAAGUGAGAAAUAUUUGACGCCUCUUGUUUGUAAACCAAUGAAAUGAGAUGAAUUUACCUUAGCUUGCGCGCUCUUUGUUAAAGCUGAAUUGAUGGGCUCAUGUGGAUUUGCUGAAAUUUGCACCAGCAAAAAUGGAAAAAAAAAAGUUCAUUUUGACCUUACACUAGAGAUGCUAACUAAAUACUGCUUCUAAUGUGAAGGUUCAAAUGGGGUGAUGCCACUUUGGACUGAUGCAAACACUUACAAGUCAUUCACUUCAUUUCUUUCAUUGUAACUACUUUCCCUUUCUGGUUGUGGUUUUUGCUUACCGGAAUAAAGUCUCGUUGACUUCCUGAAGCGGGAGCGUUUAAAAAAAUUAAAUAUAAUGGGAUCGGACUUUCUUCACACGUCAUAGUCUGCAAUCUGCAUGCCAGAAAACAUUGGACUCAUUUUUUUUGUCUCUUCCUCUGAAGAACAGUCUGCAUACAGUGAUAUGCUUGCAGAUCUCUCUUCAAUCUCGUUGGAUUCUGUCCAAUGACAAUUAAGGCUUUCUAUAUUAUUCUAGUUCAUUGAUAACAAAACCUUGAAAAUUCAAGUGGACUACCAGAUGGAUCAAACUGCCGGUCGCCAUUUUUACUUUUGGAAAAUGAUGUUUGGUAUGUCUCCUCUGGUUACCACCAAGUGUGUUUUGUCAUUUUGAUUGCUGAGUUAUGAUACUUAAGGCCACCAGAUAGUGUAAAAUUCCCGUGGUUUCUGGGGAUGACAGUACUUUCUCAAUAGAAUUGUUGCUCCUCAGGUGUCAAGCCUGCCUAAACAAUUUUUUUUUUGGUUUGCUUUUUUGUUUCUUUCAAACACCUCUGAAAUUUAUGCUGUUGUAUUGUCUUUAUUUUCUGCUUCUCGCAAGCAAUAUUAGUCUCUUUCUAUAUGGUUAGACUUAAAUGCCUGAAACCUUCGCUUGAGAAUGUUUUAUGUGAUGAGAUUAUUAGGCUUGACAAUUUAAACGU